AUGAAAGUCCUUAAAAAGGUAGUGGAAAGCGGCAAGGAGAAUGGUGCUGAGCUCACUCUCCUACCUGAAGACAAGGAGGAUUUGUUUACUUUAUACAACAUUAUCAAUACUGAUGAUGAGGUCAUCUUUAAGCGUAUGGUUUCAAGUAAAGCAGGCGAAUCAAAUAAAAAGAAGACCACCGAUUUGAUGAGGCUGCGCCUGAGGGUCAUUUCAAGUGAGUUUGAGCCACAGCAUGAGUUCUUAAGAUACAAGGGUAUAACCACGGAAGAUGCCCUUGGAAGAGCUAAUGUUGAUGUCGCUGUAGGGAAAUUUUUCAGCUUCACCGUCGACUUCAAAUAUCCUUUUACUUUAAUUAAGCAAGACUUCAAUUCCUACGCUGCGAAGUUGUUAAAUGAAUCAUGCAAUGUCGAAAGUCGUUCCGAUAUUGCUGCGGUGGCAUUGCAAGAGGGAAUCGCUCAUAUUUGUCUUUUGAGCUCCUUUAGCACAAUUUUGAAGAACAAAAUUGAGAUUAGUUUGCCAAAGAAGAAGAGAAGCGUGGACGCCCUGAAAUUUGACGAGAAGACAGAAAAGUUUUAUAAAGCCAUCUACGAAUCUAUGAAGAGGCACUACGACUUUUCGAAACUCAAGUUAAUAAUUUUAUGUUCGCCAGGAUUUUAUGCGAAGACAUUACUAGAAAAAAUCAUGUUUUAUGCUAACGAAGAACAAAACAAAGACCUUUUAUCAAAGAAGUCGAACUUUUUGGUUGCUCACUGUUCAACAGGCUAUAUUCAGGGCAUAAGCGAGGUUCUGAAAAACCCAGCGUAUGCAUCAAAAUUGCAGGACGCUAAAAAUUCCAAGGAAGCAGUUGUACUAGAUCAGUUUUUACAACACCUGAACAAUGAUGACUAUAAGGCAUGGUAUGGCGAGGAAGAAGUUGUUAAAGCUGCAGGGCUGGGUGCGAUUGAUACCCUUUUAAUAACCGACUCACUAUUACGAGCAGAUGAUGUAUCUACACGGAAAAAGUGUCUUGCACUUGUCAGCCAGGUGGAGCAGUUAGGCGGCAAUGUUUUUGUAUUCAGCUCUCUUCACGCGUCUGGGGAAGAAUUAGAUAAAUUGACAGGUCUGGCUUGUAUACUGAAGUACCCAAUGCCUGAUUUAGAUGAAGAAGAAGAGGCAUAG